AUGACAUCUACAUCAAAAUCCAAAUAUUAUAAUCAAGCUCAGGUGAAUGAAGCUGCAUUACCUUCUCCAAAAUCCUUGAGUCCCACAUCUCAUUUGAUGGGAAAAGGAUGGCAUUUUGCUAGAAAGAUUUGGAGUAAAGACAUCAACUGUAUGCUUAGACAAGAGAGGAAGGAAGGAAGCACAGCAGCAAGCUUUAAUGGCGAUGACGACGACGAUGACAGCAUCAUCUUUACAACUUCAACAUCUUCGAAACCUCUCCUUGUACAAAAUAUGAGAGUACUUAAACAUGUGGGAGUCAAGCCAAUAUCUGCUGUUGGGUCAGGUAUGGAGGCAUCAAUCGCAGAAACGAAUGAGAAAUUAAUAACAUUGAAAAAUGUUGAAAUAGUUGUUGAGUCUCAAGAGGAAGAUAAGAUGCAGGUAAGAGUGGAAUUGAGUGGAGAUGAGACUCAGAAGGUGUUCAAUAAGGUUGUAGCUGGUCAUGUCCUAAAGUAUCUUCAGUUAUUUGCUUCUCAUGCCUUCAUGCUUGUGAAGGAAAUUCUAGGCACUGAAAGUUCCGAAGGAUUUCCUCCUACAAAUCCUUGGAGAAGAUCGUCUGAAGUAAAUAUUGAUGAUUUUCUCCAUUCAAAACAGGAAAACCUGAAGGUGAAGGAAAACAAAAUUACCACUACUCAAAAGCCAGAAGAACUCAAGAAAGUGUUUGUACCAGGAAAUGAAUUUGGAUUCAAUGCUGUUCUAGAGCUUGAAAAAGCCGAAGCUGAAACUGAAACUGAACCUGAAACUGAGAUUGAAACUGAACCUGAAACAUCAAGUUAA